CUUCAAAAAAAUAAACUCAGUAGGUACAACUGUACAUCUUAGAUAAAACUGAAACCAUGUACACUUUUGAAAAUUUACAAAAUUCUUAAUGCAAUCAUGUUCCAUCAGUUUCUUUUACUCGCAACCAUUUUCCACUUGAUAAACAGCCAAUGCGAUAGAUGGAGACAGGAAGGCAGCGAUUACUCGGAAGAAAGCACCGUAGAUCCAAACCGCUUAAUAGAUACAAUGGAAGCUCUGGUAUGGGAAGAACAAGAGAGCAUAGCGACCAAAUUUAUAACCCAUAAUCUGGUACCAGAUUUGAUAAGUUUACCUCCACGAUUCAGAUGUCAUGCUUGGUUUCCGGGAUCAAUUUCACCUGUAGAGGUUAAACCAGGGAUUGAAUUAUUACAAAGUGAUCUGCUUUCUGCACCUUGCAACAUGAGCUGGAGAGAUAUUCUUGAUGAUCUUUACACCGUUUUUCUGACAACUCCGGAUUACCCGACAGCUCCGAAUUCAGAUAAAUCGAGACAGCUUCAUCACUGGCUCUUAAUCAAUGUGCAAAGUAGCGAUAUAAAUUCAGGAGAUACAGUUCUAGAUUACUUAGUGCCUCAAGUUGUCAGAGCAUCAAAUACGAGCAACACAAACCGAGGAUAUGCUCGUUACGCUUUCUUAGUUUACGAACAACCUAACAAAUUUCCUGCGCCAAAAAUUAAAAGAAAUGGACUGAAUGCGAGUUUUACCAUCAAGCAAUUCGUACAGAAACACAAAUUGGGCAAUCCAAAAUUCGGAAAUUAUUUCCUCGUAAAUUACGAAUAGAGACUUUUUAUUAUUGCACUUCACUGGAUGAGAAUUGGAGUCAGGAAGAAAAAGGGAAUAAGACGAACUUAACGAAAUAAAAGAAAGCAAAGAAUACCCUUGUUUAACUAAUUCAGAAGUUAUGACACAAGGAUUUUAAAAUUUUGAUCGAAAAAAAAGAGGAAUCCUGCGAGAGCCUUUUUCUUCAUAUUAUUUUGGGCAGACUCAUUUCUAUGAGUUUUUCUCCCAUUUUGACUGAAAUAAAGAUAUCUAUUUUUUUUUUUAUAUUUUUGAAACAGCUUGAGAAAAUUUUCAAAUUGAGCUACAUUUAUAUUAAUAGCUAGCAUGCAACUUACUCACUAUAUGGUCACUUUUAUUCAUCAAUUCGAGAAAGAGAAGAUGACAAUUGAAAAAUGUAAUUUUAAAAAAAUGUACCUAUCAUCAAAUUUUACAAAUUAUGGGACUUUUUGAAGAACAAAAAAUGUUAGCCCAGAUGUCAGCUUAAGCAGCUUAAUUUUUUCACAAUUAUAUUGGAGUGGCUAAAAAACUGAUUAAAUUAUAAUAUUUGACUUGGAUUUUGGAAUCUAAAUUUUCAAAAUUAAAAUAAUAAAGAUUUCUGUUUCAUAAUUACAAAUAUAUUAUGAACUUUCCACAGCCCUAAUUGAGUAGUUAAGUACAUACAUAUGUGUGCAUCCAAAUACAUACCUACCUAUUAAAUUUUAUUUUUUAAUUCA